UUGAAUUAAUUAUGCACUCAAGGGGAGAAAAUUAAAUGCUCUUUUCUCAAAGCCCAAAGUUUCCCUGGCUAAGUUAAUUUUUGAGAACCAUAGGACAGAAUCUGUACAGAUGGAUGAUCCUGAGAAGAAGACAAACCAAAAGUGUGAAAGCAAACCCCGAAAAGUGAGAUUUAAAAUAUCUUCAUCCUACAGUGGUAGAGUAUUGAAGCAGGUAUUUGAAGAUGGCCAGGAACUUGAGUCCCCAAAGGACGAAUACCCUCACAGCUUUAUCCAAGAGUCUUUUGAACCAGUGGAGAGUGUCUAUGGGGCUGGAGAAGCUCCCAAACCAAGAUUUUAUUCUACAAAAUUGACUGCUCAGCGAAUCAGCGUUUAUAGAGAGGGAAAUGCCUACACUCUGGCAGGUAGCCAGCCUCUCUUCAAAGAUUACAAAACUAAUGACCAUAAGUCCCCACCCAUUCUAGAUUUUGGCAAGAUAAUCAUCUAUACUAAUAACCUGAAAAUCAUCCGAACUUCAAUGGAUAAAAAAGACUUCAUGCGAAAAGUCCUUCAGAAGGGAGAGGAGGCUGAGGAACAAUCUCUGAUGAGCAAAGAAGAGGGUGAUGGAGACAGUGAUCAGACAGAUGGCCCACUGCCAGAAACAGAAACCACAUUUGCCCACAACCAAUAUAUCCAGGAAGGGGAGAUCCCUGAACACAAUUGCUUCUACUGUAGAGGAUCAGGCAGUGCUACUUGUUCUCUGUGCCAUGGAAGCAAAUUUUCAAUGCUGGCUAAUAGAUUUAAAGAAUCUUACCGGGCCCUACGGUGUCGUGCUUGUAAUGAGAAUGGCCUCCAGCCCUGCCAGAUUUGCAAUCAAUAACUUAUGACUUCCAUGUGUCUGGCUUGACUGUCUGGUUUGGUUUCUGAUUAACUGCUGGGUCCUUCACGUGAUUUCAUCGGCAGAGGAACCGCUGAAAUUGUUAUCACCUGUGCCCCAGCAAAUAUAGAUGAUAUAUCUAUCUACCUGGGGGUGGGGAUCUAAGCAGCAGGGCAUUUAGGACUUCCACUCUUUUCUGGAGCUAAUGCUAAACAGUGUCCUUCAGGGGGCCUCAGCUCAGUUCUCCCAUGAUAGUGAAUGUACACUUUAGUUAGAAGCUUGAAACCAUUUUUUGUUUUGUUUUGUUUGGGGGUUGUUUUGCAUAUUUAGUUCAACAAACAUUUAAGUUUCCUCAAUGCAAUACAAGGUACUGUUCUUUAGCACAAAGACAAAAAUGAAAGUCUGAGCCCUUGGGAAGCUUACAUUCUAAUGUACAAAGAUACACAGAUACGAAGUAUAUACAAAGUGACACAAAGUAAUUUCAUGACACACAAGUGGAAGAUCAGAAAAGUCUUCAUGUUCAAGAGGUGGCCCCUGAGCUCCCCUUGGAAGGAAACUAAAGAUUCUUAGAGUAAGAAGUGAGAAAUGAGGACAUUCCAGAAAUGGCUGAUGGCUGCAAACCUGUGUAAGGAGAAAAGGAAUAAAAUGGCAAGAUUCUGGUGAACAGAAUUCUGUUGCUUGUAAUAUAUAUUAAAUUGUCAUUGGUCAAAUUGACAUUCUAAUUUAUUAGGAGAAACAGGCAUUCCAAAUGUCUAGCAAGUCAUUGCUAGAAAUGCAGAUGGUGGGAGCUUUCUAGGUAAGAUAAGCAAAUGGAGUAGACCCUUUCUUCCAGAGCCUUUAGAUGAUUAUGUCUGAUGUGCUUGGGUAAUAGUUGUGUAGGCAGCAAGGAAUAUGAUUACUUUUAAGGACAUGAUAAGAAAAGACACUGCUAUGUGCCUUUAACUACAGAAGUUUUAAGCCAAAUCAAAGUUCCUUAUGACAAAUUUGGUGCUUAGGUGGGCAUGUGAUUUUAGACUUCCUUCAGCCCCAAAUUAUUAAUAUGUAAAUAAGUUCAUUUUAAUUCUGCAAUGUCUCUCUUAUCUCUCCAUAAAUGGUGGGUGAAAAUAACUUAUUGCUAAAACCUUUCUUUUUAGAUCCUCCUCAAAAUCUAUUUUUGCUUUAAUCAAGGCAGGUUUAGAAAUGUUCCCUCCUCUAUGUAUGCCCAUAUAUAUAGUGAAGUACAGUAGGGUGGUGAGUAAUAGUAAGUAUUGGUGUCUUAGGGAUUUGAUAUCUCCAAGAUUCAACUGUUAAAAUAAUUUAGUGGUGUAUUUCUUUUCAGGCAACUUAGAUCCUUCUUUUUUGAAAAGAUAAAAAUAUUCCUUAUAUGGAUAAACACUUUCUAUAUUCAGUUUCUCUCCUCAGGUCUCCCACAUCAUGACAUGCUAUUACUCAUCCACCUUUACAUAUCUCUAUAAUUAACUACCUCCCACCUUUCUUUGUCUUUCACAGUAUUCCAUCAGCUAUUGGAACUGUGACAUGUCCUAGAACUAUGGAGAAGGAAGUGAUCUUGAACCACUAUUUAGUCAAUCCCCUUGCCUUCAGGAGUUAUACUCUGGUAUAAGGGGUUCCCCCAGCCCUCCUUCCCCUA